CAGUGAGAGAGCUGAGGGGCAGACAGAGGCGGCGUACACACUCGCGCUACUAUAUUUAACACACACACACACACACACACACACACACACACACACCCACACACACACACACACACACACACACACACACACAAACGCACACGCGCACACACACACACAAACAAACGCACGCGCGCACACACGCACACCUAUGCACGACUGCACAUGCAUAUGCGGGCAGAGUGGGAAAACAAGUGAAGACACACACACUGACACAAGCACGCGCACACACGCACACACAUCAUCGGACGUGUGCAGGAACCACAAAGCAGGAGCGUGACGCCAGCACCUUCUCUCUCAGACGGAGGACGGCGUUGGACGUCUCAUUCAAACAAGGAUCGGGCAGGAAGACGCGGAUUACCCAUCUCCAUCCCUUCCUAGAUCCUCUCUUCCCUCCACAAUCCCUCAUUUCUAGUGCUCCUCCAAAUGCAAGCAGGGGAUUGUUUCAAUACAUAAAGAAGGAUUAUUCUUAUUUUCCCUGCAGGAUUUUUUUCACGUAUGGAUUCCCCUGGUCCUAUGAUUGCUUAAAUUGUAGGGAUAUUUUUGGGGACGGGAUGUCGCUGUAAGGCUCUGAAAUAUUUAGUCAAGAGGUUCACAGUCGCCGCCCUUGUGGAGGCUGCAGGCAUGGCCGCUUGACACCUGCCGCCACCACCACUGCUACUCUACCAGAGGGAGCUGUGCGUCAUGGCCCCCCACAGACACUCACCCGGGGGCUUGGGGCCGUACAGACCCGCUUUCCUCUGCCUGCUGGUGGCGCUAUUCCAGCCAGCCAUCCUCUGCCCUGCCCCCUGCGCCUGCCCCUCAGAAGGCCUGCUGGUGGACUGUGGGGGUCGAGGCCUCACCUCUCUGCCUCCUUUGCACCUCCUGCCUCCCGGGAGUCGUUUCCUCUCGCUGGCCAACAACAAGCUAACCUCACUGGGACCUUCCGCCCUCGUUAACCUCUCUUCUCUGGAGGAGCUUGACCUCUCUAACAAUUACCUUGAUAAUUUGCCGGCCGGAUUAUUCCGAGACAUGAUCAAUCUGACCAAGCUGACCCUGCACAACAACUCUGUGACAGUAAUGGACAGGGAUCUCUUUCAGGUGAGUAGUACUACAGUGCGUUUUUCUCCAGUGGGACGUAAAAGUAGAGAUGACUACAGAAAGAAAUGUUCUGGGUGUGUUCUACAGGGUUUGGGGAGUCUGCAGAGUCUAGAUCUAUCACUAAAUGGCCUGGCGUCUGUUCCUUUGGGGCUCCUGGAUGAGCUGCAAAGUCUCAGGUGGUUGUCCCUGGCUGGAAACAGACUUCGGGGUUUGGAGAGGGCAGCGUUCGAGCCCCUGUCCCACCUCCAACACCUAGAACUGGGACACAAUCCCUGGGAAUGCGAUUGCAACCUGCGAGAUUUCAAACACUGGAUGGAGUGGCUAUUGUACCGAGGCGGCAAGGUGGACGCAAUGGAGUGCACGCUACCCAAAGAUCUACGGGGGCGAGACAUCCGUGGCGUUCCCGUUGAAAUGUUUGACUACUGCCUCCAGCUUGACGAUGAGAAUGGAGGAGGAGGAGGUGGUUCUCCCUGCAGCAGGAGAACCCUUAACCCCAGCAGUGUGCCACCACUUUCUAGUAGUGAUGACUCCUCUACAAAUUCAGGAGGUGGUGGAGAGGCCCCUGCAGAUUGCGUGCGCGCCCGCUAUCGGCCGGUGAGCGUGCGGCGUGCCAUCGGCACCGUAGUGAUUGCCGGCGUUGUGUGUGGCAUUGUCUGCAUCAUGAUGGUGGUGGCUGCUGCGUACGGGUGCAUCUAUGCCUCGCUCAUGGCCAAAUACCAGAGGGAGCUGAAGAAGAGGCAGCCGCUCAUGGGGGACGGCGAGGGUGAUGGGGACGACCGGGAGGAGAAGCAGAUCUCCUCGGUGGCGUAGGGGAGACUCUAAGGGGGACAAAUUGGCUAAAGGGCUCAAGGAGGAGAAUCGGAAAGUCAUCCUUUCAUGUCUUCCUUUUCAAUACGUUUUCAACCAACCUGAGUUCUUCUCUUUCAAAUACUGCAUAUAUUUUUUAGCAGUCAUCUCUCCUACUAGCCACCUACUGAUGCAGCACCGGAAACAACAUGCUGGACAUGGCAAGAAUCUGAUUUCCAACCUCCUGUAUCAUCAGAGGUGGAAGAUGGAGUUUUCAGGGACCAACAUCCACAUACAUGAUGAGCCCUCCUUUUGAACCUUUUCAAGCCUCCCGGAUGCCCAAAAAAGGAGGCUUGAAUGAUGAUGGCGUUAACAAAGUUACAUUGAAGUAUUUCACAUGUUUACAUUCGCACAUGUCUCAAAAGGGGUAGGAAGAAUCAGAGCUUCAUUUAAGCGAAUGAAUCAACACAUCUACUGCUAGAUGUCCAGAUAAUCCCAUUUCAGUUUCUCUCUGGACCGUCUCAGGAUAUAAAUUGACAUAAAAUUUAGGUAUUUGUCAUUUAUCAAUGGAAAAAUGCUUUCAAACUGGGUCAAAAACUGUGUCUUUUAGACCCAUGGACGUAAAAGUCUCCUGCAAAGAACCAUUAAAUGACUUUCCAGCACUUUA